UUCCAAUACCCAAAAUAAUUGAGUUAUCAACCGGUUUAACCCAAAAUCAUCCAGGCUCCAAAACACUUAAACGCACAACUGCACAGGAGUCAAGGACAAGAACCUAUUGUAGCAACUAACAACUUAAUAACGAAUCAACGACAGUAUACAAUUAGCUUUCGCAAGUGUUCUUACUUCUUGGCAAAAAUCCUUCCUUGUGCUUCAGUUAAAUUGCAACUCCCAAAAUCUAAAACCCACCACUAUGCAAAAUUAUUAAGUAAUUCCCUCUUUGUUUAUCCUUCUAUUCCAUUUUUUCUGAAGAUUGCCAAUUACUAAUUCUUUCGACAAGAGUAGCAAUCAUAUCAGGUUAUUGGGUCGUUCUUAAUUACCAUAAUUAUGGUUGAGCGUGAGUGAUGAACAGCAUUUCUCCCAGAAAUCGUCCUUUUGCGCCUCAAAUUGAUAACUCAAAGAGGAAUUUUUCAAGGUCAAUGUGUUAAUUUUUUUCAAAUUUGAAUAUGAAGUUCAAGGUCGUGUGCAGGAAAAUUAAAGAUUAUGUUCGUUAUGAUUUGAAAGAAAUAGCAUUUCCUUCCUCAUUACCUGAUCCGCCUCACAUAAAAAAGCGGCGUAAAUUGACUUGGAAGGAAUCGUAUUAUGUCCUGAAGGAGGCCUCCCGUCUUUAUGCAGCAAGCUGGGUACGAGACAUUGGUCCUGAACUCCGCCCAAAUGAUUACAAGAAGGAAGAAAGUACAGAUAAGAAUGGAUCAAAUGAAAAUAAGGAGAAAGAACCAACAACACUAGAGGAUCUUGCGGUUGCAGCUAGAGGAGGGAUGGAGACUUUAAGACCUGCUCUGCAACGGUUGUACAUGACCAGAGCUUCUGCCUACAAGGAUGCUAUGAAGAGUUUCAUCGCUGGGUACCAGGAGGGUAUCCAACAAGUUGUGGACAAGAAAGAAAAGUACGAAUCUCAAAAUCCCGAAGAUAAUUCAAAAAAGCCAUUCUAACCGCUAUGAAUAUCUGGGUUAUUGUGCAGAAAUAGUGAGUGAGAACAGCGACUACUGAUGUUAUGGAACUGCUCUAUUAAUGAAGACUGGACACGACUUGAGUUAUUGUGUUUACAAUUUUGUAUUGCCAGAAUCAGUUGUCGGAGCAUAGUUCUAGUGAUUAUAUUAAGUUUUCAGGGCAGAAAAGAGUAGGCAUGUAGAUUUUAGAACCUGAGGUAGCAUGCUUUGAUGAUUUUACUUCUUGGAUAUAGAUACUAAAAUGACACUUGAGGAAGGAAAUGAUAUUUGAAGUUAUUUUUGA